GGUAGGCCAGGGAAACAAGGGAAACAUGCUUAGCUAGCCUCAUUUUCAUCGGGAUCGGAAUUCCUACUUUCAUUUUAUCUAGUAACAUGGGCUCGAAAGACGACGUGGUUUCUCUGGCGCUCAGUGAUGAUACAGGGGUAUCCAUUCAUCUUCACGGUGCCACAAUCUUAUCCUGGAAAUGCAAAGGUCAGGAAAUGUUAUUUGUCAGCAAAAAAGCUGUAUUUGACAACAAAAAGGCUAUUCGUGGAGGAAUCCCGCUUGUGUUUCCUUGCUUUGGACCAUGGGAGAAUGGGCCUCAACAUGGAUUUGCUAGAAUAAAAAGAUGGAAAAAAGAGUCUGAAUCAAAACAGAAUGAUGGAAGAAUAUCUGUAUCCUUCUCAUUAGAGGACGAUGAAGAAACAAGAAAAAUGUGGAACUAUAGAUUUAAGCUUGUAUACACAGUUGAUUUGGGAGGAGAUGAUCUCAAGCUGACUUUGACAGUCAACAACAAUGAUUCUAAGCCAUUUGAUUUCACCACAUUGAUGCACACAUACUUCAGAUGCUCUAACAUAGAGAAUGUCAGAAUUCAUGGAUUGGAAGGACUCCAGUUUAACGACAAGGUUGCUGGCAGUAUUCAGACAAAAGAAGAUAGAAAGAUAGUGACAAUUGACCAAAAUUAUGACAGAGUUUAUAUGAAAUGUGAGGCAGACAAAGUGAAAGUAGAGAAUGUAGGCGAUGGCAAGAAAUUGGUUUCACUUUCUAUUGAAAACCUUCCAGAUGUAGUUGUGUGGAAUCCAUGGGAAGAGAAAGCUAAAGCGAUGUCUGACUUUGAUGAUGAGGAGUUCAGGACGAUGGUUUGUGUAGAGGCAGGGUCUGUAUCAGAGCAAGUCUCAGCACCAGCGGGGGGAUCUGUGGCCUUCUCACAGACUCUGAGGGUGGAUGUGUAACUACAAACAAAUACCAGGGGAAGCUUGACAAAAUACAAGAAAUCCUCCUCUCAUUUUGCUACAUUCAGUGAAAAGCAGUGUAUAACUAUAAUAAGCUCAAUAUUGACCAAUAUUACAUGUACAUUGUACCAAGAAAGCAUUUACAUAUUUUGGGGUAUAUUUUCAUUUUCUUUAUUUGUUAGAUAUAUUCUUAUAUUCAUGUGCCUUACAAUUCUUAUGCUAUCAUCCAUUCCAUAUAAAAAUCUAUUAUUAUUAUUAUAUAUGUAUCUUUAUUAUCCACUGUAAGCAUACUUUGUAAUGCAUGUACAGGUACAUGUAAAUGUAGAUGCAAUUGAUUGAUGACAGUUAAAACUUGUAAUUCAAAAAGUUAUAUAUACAUGUAUAUAUUUCAAUUAAUUUAUUAUUUAAUUAAAGGAUAAAAAAGCA